CAGACCCUGGGAGGCUGACAGACUGGCGGCGCGCCGAGGAGAGGCAGCGGCGGAGGAGGAGGAGGAGAUGGACUCACACCUCUGAAUCACAGCUCACUUCUCCAGUCAGGUCCAGCAGGAAUCUGGGACGACUGGACUUUUCUGGCGGUGUUUUCAAAUUGAUUUAUUUGCUCAGAUAGGCCACGCCAAGACAGACGGCUCUGCAGCCAUCAGAGCGCAGGAGGAGAGCGAAGGUUUUAUUUUAUUAUUAUUGUUAGUUUUGUUUUCGGACGCUGCGCACUCCCGUCGUCUCACCUGCUCCGCGGGUGGAAGAGGCUCGCUGUGAUCAUUAUGCAUCCGGAGAAGUGCUUACCUGAGCUGGUGGCUGAGAAAAACAGCCUGGACCCGUCGUUUGUCCAUGCGCUCCGCCUGCUUGCAGAAGAGAUUGAGAAGCAUGAAGGCGAUGAAUUGAAAAAAGAUGGCGACACGAAGAAAUACCUAGAUAUUAUCAGCAAUAAAAAUAUCAAACUCUCGGAAAGAGUCCUUAUUCCAGUUCAACAGUAUCCAAAGUUUAACUUUGUAGGGAAGCUGCUGGGCCCACGGGGGAAUUCUAUGAAAAGAUUACAAGAGGAGACGGGAGUGAAGAUGUCCAUCCUUGGCAAAGGGUCCAUGAGGGAUAAAGAGAAGGAAGAAGAAUUACGAAAGAGCGGAGAGGCCAAAUAUGCCCAUCUGAGUAACGAUCUCCACGUUUUAAUUGAAGUCUUCGCUCCACCAGGAGAGGCCUAUUCCCGAAUGAGUCACGCCUUGGAGGAAAUUAAAAAAUUCCUUGUUCCAGACUACAACGAUGAGAUCAGACAAGAGCAGCUGAGAGAAUUYUCCCUGCUGAACGGUUCUGAUGAGUCGAGCCGAGGAAGGAGCUUACAGGGGAGGAGUCCCCGAGCAGCAACAACGAUAUCCACAAGAGGGCACAGAGGUGGUGGAAGGAGCGCCGCGGCACCUCGGGGGACAGCGACAGCAACACAUAGCAAACUUCCCGCCGCCGUUCUGACGAGGGACACAAAAGCUCCAAGGGCCAGGGGGGCGGCAGCGAAUGCCGGAUACAGACCCUCACUGCUAGCAGUCACACAUGAAUCAUACGACGACUAUGGUUAUGAUGAUGGAUACGGAGGAGAAUACGACGACGAGAAUUACGAAGCCUAUGAAGACGACUACAGCAGUCAGUCUAAGAGCCUUUCAGAGUAUUAUGAAUAUGGACACGGAACCAGUGAUGAAUCCUACAGCUAUGAGGAAGAGUGGACAAGCACCCGGCCCGGUCUCAAAGCUCCUACUUUACGGCUGACAAGAGGGGGCUACAGAAAACACCCUUAUGGUAGAUACUGAAGGUGCUCCAGAUUUGUGACCUGCAAUUCUCUUUAUAACUUUUUGUCUUCUGAAUUUUUCAUACAAUGCUGUAAUGUUCACUUUUUUGCUCAUCGGCUUAUAAAAAUGAUGGAGAAAAAAAAACGACCAUAAACUUUACUGUAUUAUUCUGAUGUGUUAAUUCAUACAAGACGGAGUCUUUUCUUUUGKACAUAAAAAUACCCAUGCGUAUAAAAGAAGGUUGUGCUUACAAUUAGCUGUUUAAAUAUCUUCUGUCCUCCCCCAAAACAGUGGUUUCAUAAUUUUAARAUUACUCUUCAGAUUUGUUCUCACAGGUCAUGUUUGUUGUUGUGACAGAUUGGUUUCCAUUUAUUGCCUUUAUGGCAGUGAUAAUUAUGGGUUCACAAGCCUACUCCUGCUCUCUGUGCCAGCUUUCUACACUCUGUCAUUGUGUAACUUGCUUGAAAAGCAGAGGUACCUUCUCCUCCCACGCUUUGGUACCCCCGUUCUGUUUYCUGUGCUUCCUGUGUCAGCAUCAUUAAAAUAGUCAGAAACGGGAGACAAAAAAACAGAAACUUCAUCARAUUUUUCAAGGAGGCUAUGAAAUAUCCCAUAAUGUUGUGACAGUUGUCAACAACGGCACAUUAUAGAAGCAAGGCUGCGAAAUGAGAAAUAAAAAAUAAUAAAUUUGAAAGAUAGUACAUGAAGCAGUAAUUGCUCCCUGAUGACACUGAAUGCAGCAUUGUUUGGACUUAGAGCACUGGUGCAACCUGCUUCACAGGAACAUGUCAUGAUAUCGGCUCUCAUUUAGACCCUUUUACACAAGUGUAGCUGUAGCAUUUUGGCUGUUUGUGUACAUGGAAAAAAAGUGCUAAUUUUCUCGAACACCGAAGCGUUUUGAAUCCAGGUUUCAGAGUGGAGGCUUUUGGAAACACCCAGCACCUGUGUCAAAUCACAAAUGCCCACUGCAGACGGCUGCAGUCAAUAGUUUUUCUGCGCUUGCGCAAGUAAAUGAACAAAAGUAGCUCCCAUUCAAGAUGACAGGAAGUGUACACAUUGGUUUCUGUUAAGAGAAAUUAGCUGUGACCACUCUUGCAACUUUAAAUGUAGCACCUGUAUUGAAAAAUUAGUGUGUGGGGGUUAACCAAAUGUUGUAAUCCCAUGAAUCUUAAUUGGAUAUAAGUCCUCAGUUUUAAAGGGAUGUAGCAAUAUAUUGAUAUAUCAAUAUAUUAAUUAAAACAUCACAUCCAUAUAUUGAUUGUAGACUUGUGAAUUGAAUUGAAUCAAAAUCAUUCUGAUAGAUUUUAUGAUAUCGAGAAACAUAUCAUUCAAACAAAUUGAUAUAAUAUUUUAAAGCUGCUGAUUAUCAUUAAACACUCUCAUUGCAGCCAAUGGCCACAUUUUAGCUCAUUAGUUUCUACUUUGACUUGUGUGAAACAGGCCUUUAGCUGAGAUUAUAUAAACUGGCCCACAAAUUCUAAUAACUAACUAAAACAAAGAGAGGAAACAAGUUUUUGUGAUGCUAAAUUAUUUUAAAAAAUCAUCUUUUUUAAUCUUUAGCCUCUUAGUUAAUUGAUUGAUMUGUCAUGAACCAGAACUACUUGGUUAUUGAGCUUAUUUGACUAAUAUUUUCCAUCAUAUUGCAGUGAUAAAAUUCAUCCUGAUUUCCAUCGAGGAUGUUUCUGCCUUUUGAAACAGUUUUGUGGAAAAUGUCUCUCUUAUAAACCAAUACUGAUCCGCAGACGCUCUGCUUUCUUAAUGAUUUCAGCUGUUGCUUGAUUUGCAAAAGCCAUUUCCAUGGUAACACACCUCCAGACAGCCACACUUUGCCCCGAACAGAAAUAACACGGUAGACUCCGUUAAACGCAACAAAUGGAAACCAAUCCUUGAAGGAUUUAAGACCUGAAUGUGUCGAGAUGAGCUACAAAUUUCUCUCAAAGAUGUUUAAUGUUCAGAACUCUUAAUUACACCUCGAGUUUUCCAAUAAAUGACUGCUCCAUAAAAGAUGACUCAUCCAGGGGAAAAAAGGAAGAAAAUUKUUUGGUAAAUUGUGAUUUUAGAUUUUAAAAAAUGAUGUGAGAUUGUGAUUGUGCAAAAAAUACAUUUUGCUUAUUUUGCUUGGGUUGAAAGCAGUCACUAAUUCACAGUAUGUAAUUUAUAAUAUGUGCCAUGUUCUGUCUGUAUUCUGUAUUUGUACAUAAAGCAUUUAAUAAAAACAUCAUAAACCUCAAA